CAUGUUGGACUUUAUUCCCUCCUGUGCCCCAUCUGCAGAAGUCUUGAUGGCACAUUUCGCAGGGAUAUGGCCAUCAUGGGGAUCCGAAUCCCCUUCAGGUUGGUGUCCUUCUGCCUGGCUCACAACACAGGGGGUGCAAGUGCUGUGCUGUUCCAGGGCCUGCCCCAGCAGUCCUGGCCCUGCCCUGUUCCGUGAGUCCCGGGUUCAGCUUCCCGCAGGAGUUGGAAAUGGCACAGGGGGAAGGCAGGGACACCCUGCAGCUGCGCGAUGCCAGGGCAGAGGGAGGUCAUCAGUUUUCCCUUUUCCCAUCAGAGAGUCAUCAGAGGAGGACAUUAAUGCUUUCGUCGAGUUCGGAGAGAGACACAGGCACUGUGAUGCCAAUGAGUGCCUUUUUCCAGGAGGCAGGCAGGAGGCACAAGAGGGGGGGCCCUGGGAACUGCUCCUGUGCUCCUCCUGUGCUGCCGAGGGCACCCACAGAGCCUGCUCUGGCCUGAGGGCCAGCAUAACCAGCUGGGAAUGUGAUAGCUGUGCUGGUCUGGGCACAGCCUCUCGAGAUGACUUGGGGCUUGCUGGUUUCAGCGUGGCCAGACAGUCAGAACUGGAGCCUUCUGACAGCUCCAGGGAACCUGAGACCAUCAGCCCCAACACAGGCAGCCUGGCGCUACCAGGGCUGUCUCCCAGUUCUUCAGCACUGGAGACCGUCAGCCCCAGCACCAGCGCCCACUCCGAAAACAACUCCGGCCGGCAACAUCGGGCCCAAAAUCCACAGCUUCGGUCCAGAAGUCCCCUGGACAGGAGCCAUGUGCCAGCACCAAGUCCUGGGAGGCGCAGGCCCACGCAGAGACAAUCAGGGACAUCCUGCAGGCGAAACCGCUCCCGCCUGCAACGACAGGAGCCAUGUGCCAGCACCAAGUCCUGGGAGGCGCAGGUCCAGGCAGAGACACUCAGGGACAUCCCGCAGGCGAAACCGCUCCCGCCUGCAACGUCAGACCCCAAAUCCAUCCGGCCGGUGCAGAAGUCCCCAUGA